AUGCCUCGACGAGGUCGCGCGCUUUGGGCACAACGCUUGCUGGUUGUCAUCUUUUGUUUGAAUCGCACGUUGGAUUUCACUCUGGCGCAGCUGCGUUACUCUAUUUCCGAAGAAGGGAAGGAUGACGCCCUUGUCGGGAAUGUUGCAAAAGAUUUGGGCUUGGAUGUGAGCGGACUGGACGCACGAGGAUUCCGCGUCGUUUCCGGGCCGGCUGAACCUCUGUUUGUUUUAACAAAUAAUGGGAUGUUAAGACUGAAAAGUAAAAUAGACCGAGAGGAGAUUUGUGAGCGAAUUAGCACGUGUGUUGUCAACAUUAAGAUCGUUGUAGAGAAUCCAUUGGAGGUGCAUUAUGUCGCGGUUGAGAUUUUGGACGUAAACGACCACUCUCCCGCAUUCCCUGACAACAAGACGCGUUUGGAGAUAUCUGAAUCUGCUCUUCCCGGUGCGAGGUUUCAACUACAGAGCGCACACGACCCCGACAGCGACACGUAUUCAGUUCAUUCGUAUAAGAUCAGUUCAAACGAACAUUUUCGUUUGGAGGUUAAAGACAGAGGGGUGGACGGGAAAAUCCCCGUUUUGUAUUUGCAUAAGGCCCUUGACAAAGAAAGUGCUAGAAGUCAUAAACUGCUGCUCACAGCAGUUGAUGGGGGGAAACCUGCGAGGUCAGGAAGCACAGAGAUUUUAAUUCAUGUUUUAGAUGUAAAUGACAACAUGCCAUUUUUUACCUCCGAAUCAUAUUCUGCUGUGUUGAAAGAAAAUGCGCCAGUUGGUACCACCAUCUUGCAGGUAAACGCCACAGAUUUAGAUGAUGGUCUUAAUGGCGAGGUGGUGUAUUCCUUUGGUAAUAAUGUUAAUAGUAAAUUACGCAAGGUAUUUGAUGUUGAUGCUAUUACUGGAGAAAUUAUAGUCAAAGGGCCGAUAGAUUUUGAAAUAAAAGACAAAUAUGAAAUUGAUAUUAAAGCAUCUGAUAGAGGGCCAGUUCCCCUAGAAACAGAAAAAAGUAUCAUAAUAACUAUAUUGGACUUGAAUGACAACAUGCCUGAGAUUGAAUUGACAUCAUUUUCAAAUGCUAUUGCAGAAGACUCUAAACCUGGGACCACAGUAGCCUUGAUAAGUGUAAAUGAUAAGGACUCUGGUGUCAAUGGAAAGGUGAUAUGUCAUGUCAAGGAUGACAUACCUUUCAUGCUGACGCCUUCUUUACAAGAUAAUAUGUUUUCACUUAUCACUAAAUCUCACCUGGACAGAGAGCAUCAAUCCAAGUAUGAUGUUACAAUUGUAGCAAAGGAUGCUGGUGAACCACCUUUGUCCUCUCAGAAAACAAUAUCUGUGACUGUGUCAGAUGUGAAUGAUAAUCGUCCCAAAUUUUCAAGUACUCUUUAUACGUUCUAUAUCAAUGAGAACAAUAUUGCAGGAGCCUUUUUAUUUUCAGUGAGCGCUUAUGAUAAUGAUGAGGGGGAUAAUGCUCUCAUAUCGUAUGACAUUGUGAGAAAUGGGGAUGAACACAAAUUCAUGACAUCAUUUCUGAGCAUUAACUCUGAAAAUGGACAAAUAUCAGCACUUAAAAGUUUUGACUUUGAGACGAUGAAAAGUUUCCAUUUCCAAGUGACUGCCACAGAUGGUGGAAAUACUCCUUUGAGCAGCAAUGUGACAGUGAAUGUGUACAUCCUGGAUCAGAAUGACAACGCUCCAGUCAUUCUAUAUCCAAUGAGCUCCAAUGGUUCUGCUGAAGGUGUGGAGGAGAUUCCUCGCAAUAUGAAACCAGGAGACUUGGUGACUAAAGUCAGAGCCUAUGAUGCUGAUAUAGGAUAUAAUGGCUGGUUACUCUUUUCACUUUGGCAAGUCACUGACCACAGUCUCUUUUCAUUGGACCGCUAUACGGGCCAGAUCAGAACACUUCGCUCGUUGACAGAGACUGAUGAGGCUGAGCAUCGACUGCUCAUACUGGUCAAAGACAAUGGCAACGUCUCGCUCUCAGCAACAGCUACCGUGACAGUCAAACUUGUGGAGCCCAAAGAGGCUUUUGCAGCUUCGGAUAUCAAAAGUGCAGCAAAAGUAGACCAGGAGGAUGACAAUAUGACUUUUUAUCUCAUCAUCACUUUGGGCUCAGUUUCACUCCUUUUUGUCAUCAGCAUAAUUGUGCUGAUCGCCAUGCAGUGUUCGAAGUCGACAGAGUACACAUCAAAGUAUCUGCAAGACACUAAUUAUGACGGCACGCUGUGUCACAGCAUCCAGUACAGAUCGGGAGAUAAACGCUACAUGUUGGUUGGACCCAGGAUGAGUAUCGGUUCUACCGUAGUCCCGGGAAGUCAUGCCAAUACUCUGGUGCUCCCUGACAGGAGACACACUUCUGGGGAGGUAAGCAACGCACGAGGAGAUCCACCUAUUGGAGUAGACGAGCAAACGCUCAACAGUCUUAGCAACAGCAGAGGAAUACAGCAAGGGAGGGGGUCGGGAGCAGCAGUAGCAGGAGGAGGAGGAGGGGGAUGGGAGCAAUUAUUUUUGAAUAAUUCUUUUCUCAUUUUGGAUACAAACAUGCCUUGCAGAUGGAGCUUUUUUGGGAUCUAUUUGGGCAUUUCUCAUCUGGUUUGUUACUGGGAAACAGCAUCUGGGCAGCUCUCUUAUUCAAUCUCGGAGGAGUUAAACCCUGGAAGUCUUAUUGGAAUCAUCGCCAAGGAUCUGAAUAUAAAUGUACAGGACCUAGAAUCUCGUUUGUUUCAGAUUGUGGCCACAACAAAGAAGAAAUACUUUGAGGUAAAUCUAAAGACUGGGGCUCUUUAUGUAAAUGAGAGAAUAGACAGAGAGGAGCUCUGCCCAGAAGAGGUGAAAUGCUCCAUUAGUGUGGAGGCUGUAAUAAACAACCCUUUAAAACUGUACCGCAUUGAGGUAAACAUUUUGGAUGUUAAUGAUAAUGCACCUUUGUUCACCACAAACAUGCAGAAUUUAUACAUCGCAGAGAGCACACUACCAGGGGUUAAAUUUGCUUUGUCUGAGGCCAGUGAUGCAGAUGUGGGUAAAAACAGCAUUAGCACGUAUAGGGUAAGUCAAAAUGAGCAUUUUUCUUUAGCGGUGCAUAAAGCAGGAGGCAGUGUGUCUGCUGAGCUGGUGUUGAAGAAAGCGUUGGAUAGAGAGAGGCAGCCUCUCAUCACAAUGACGCUGACUGCUCUAGAUGGGGGCAGCCCGCCCAAAUCAGGCACCUCUCAAAUCAUAGUAAAUGUUUUAGACAUAAACGAUAACAUCCCUGCAUUUAGUGAAUCUCUUUAUAAGACAAUGCUCGGAGAAAACGCACCAUUUGGCACUAAUAUUAUAACAGUGAACGCGACUGAUGCUGAUGAUGGUGUAAACAGCGAGAUUGUGUAUUCAUUACGAAGCAAAGAUCAAGAUCACGUGCUGGAUGUAUUUGAAAUCGACAGUCAAACAGGUGUGAUUAAGGUGAAAGGUCAUAUUGACUAUGAAGAAAAAAAAGCUUAUGAGAUAAGGGUGGAGGCAACAGAUAAAGGCAACCCUCCCAUGUCUGCUCACUGUAAGGUGCUGGUUGAGAUUUUAGAUGUUAAUGAUAAUGCUCCUCAGGUUACUGUGACAUCAUUACACAGCGCCGUCCCAGAGGAUGCCGGUGUGGGCACUGCAGUCGCACUAGUCUCACUUUCUGAUAAAGAUGGUGGUGAAAACAGUCAUGUUACUGUAACUAUUGAGAAUCAAGUUCCAUUUAAAUUGGAAGCAAAUUACAAAAACUAUUAUUCUCUUGUAGUUGAUGAACCACUAGAUAGAGAGAGUGUUCCGCAGUACAACAUCACAAUUUUGGCCCAAGAUAAUGGAACUCCCCCUUUGUCUAGCACAAGUAUAGUCUAUGUUCAUAUUUCUGAUGUAAAUGACAACGCGCCACAUUUCUCCGACCCCAUCAUUAAUGUUUACAUUAAAGAAAAUAGUCAAACAGGAGCACUCAUUUAUACAGUAACUGCAGUUGAUUACGAUACAGAUGAAAACAAGAAAUUGACGUAUUCAUUUGUGCAUAGCAGCACUCAUGACUUGCCAAUAAAUUCAAUGAUAAACAUCAACUCGGAGAGUGGAGACAUUGUCAGUUUGAAGUCUUUUGACUAUGAGAAGUUAAAGACAUUUCACUUCAGAGUUCAGGCCACAGACUCCGGUGUUCCUCCACUGAGCAGCAAUGCUACAGUAAAUGUUUUUAUCCUGGAUGAGAAUGAUAAUAGUCCCACCAUUUUGGCUCCCUAUUCUGAGCAUGGCUCUGUCAACAGUGAGAGCAUCCCCUAUUCCGCUGAAGCUGGAUACUUUGUGGCAAAGAUCAGGGCAGUAGAUGCAGACUCUGGAUACAAUGCACUGCUGUCAUAUCACUUGUCUGAGCCCAAAGGCAACAACAACCUCUUUCGCAUUGGAACAAGCACCGGGGAGAUUCGGACCAAGAGGAGAAUGAGUGACAAUGACCUGAAAAGUCAUCCCUUGGUGGUGUUGGUGUGUGAUAACGGAGAAGCCUCCCUGUCAGCUACUGUGUCUAUUGAUGUGGUGGUACUUGAAAGCACAGCUGACAUCCACACUCAGUUCAGGCAUGUGCCCAUAAAGGAGGAAAGCUUCUCAGAUUUACACUUGUAUCUGCUCAUCGCAAUUGUGGCGGUGUCUCUCAUUUUCCUGCUCAGCCUCAUCACAUUAAUAGCCUUCAAAUGCCACAGACAGACAGACAGAACUUUCGACAGAUAUGGCGCCCCAAUGAUUACCACCCACCCUGACGGGAGCUGGUCUUACUCCAAAGCUACUCAGCAGUAUGACGUGUGUUUCAGUUCAGACACGCUCAAGAGUGACAUGGUGGUUUUCCCCACACCAUUUCCGCCUGUAGAAGGAGAACUGAUCAGUAUUAAUGGAGGAGACACCUUUACCAGGACUCAGACUUUACCCACGGCUGAGAAGGUAAGAAAAAUAUAUUCAUCAUUUAAAGUUCAGGCCACAGACUCUGGUGUUCCUCCACUCAGCAGCAAUGUGACCGUCAAUGUUUUUAUCCUGGAUGAGAAUGAUAAUAGUCCCACCAUUUUGGCUCCCUAUUCUCAGCACGGCUCCGUUAAUAGUGAGAGUAUCCCCUAUUCUGCUGAAGCGGGAUACUUUGUGGCCAAAAUCAGGGCAGUAGACGCAGACUCUGGAUACAAUGCACUGCUCUCCUAUCACCUGUCUGAGCCCAAAGGCAACAACAACCUCUUCCGGAUCGGAAGCAGCACUGGGGAGAUUCGGACUAAAAGGAGAAUGAGUGACAAUGAUCUGAAAAGUCACCCCUUGGUGGUGUUAGUGAGUGAUAACGGGGAAGCCUCCCUGUCAGCUACUGUGUCUAUUGAUGUGGUGGUACUUGAAGGAACAGCUGACGUCCACACUCAGUUCAGACAUGUGCCCAUAAAAGAAGAGAGUUUCUCCGAUUUACACUUAUAUCUGCUCAUCGCCACUGUGGCUGUGUCAUUCAUCUUCCUGCUCAGCCUCAUCAUAUUAAUAGCCUUCAAAUGCCACAGACAGACAGCUGAAACGUUCGACAGGUACGGGGCCCCAAUGAUUACCACUCACCCCGAUGGGAGCUGGUCAUACUCUAAAGCUACUCAGCAGUACGACGUGUGUUUCAGUUCAGACACACUCAAAAGUGACAUGGUGGUUUUUCCCACACCCUUUCCACCUGUUGAAGCAGAAUUGAUCAGUAUUAAUGGAGGAGACACGUUUACCAGGACUCAGACUUUACCUACGACAGAGAAGCUUCACUGGAUGGAUAUGAUGAUGUAUUUCUCAAGCAAAACUACGCGUUGCUGGCAAUAUUGCGUGCUCCUGCUCCUGAAAUGUUUACAUAAAGCGGCUAGUGGACAGCUUGCCUAUUCCGUCUCAGAGGAGGUAAACCUCGGGACUUCAGUGGGAAAUGUCGCCAGGGAUCUCAACCUCGAUGUCAAGACUUUAGAAUCUCGCUUGUUUCAGGUUGUCAGCAAUUCUAAGACAAAAUAUUUCGACGCAAAUCUAAAGACCGGUGUCCUUUUUGUGCGUGAAAGAAUAGACAGGGAGGAGCUGUGCGACAAGGCACCAAAAUGUACUAUAAACGUGGAGGCUGUGAUCAAUAAUCCGUUAAACCUGUAUCGCUUGGAGGUCAAUAUAAUUGAUAUAAAUGACAAUUCACCUGUAUUUUCUGAGGAUUUGCAGUCACUUGAUAUUGCAGAAAGUACAUUACCAGGGCUCAAAUUUGGAUUAAUCGAGGCAACAGAUUUGGAUGUGGGAAAGAAUGGCAUUAAUACUUACACGCUCAGUGCAAACGAAUAUUUUUCUUUGGACAUCCACAAAGUGGGGGAGAGUGUGUCCGCAGAGUUGGUGCUGCAGAAAGCAUUAGACCGCGAGCACGACUCGGUCAUAAAGCUCACACUAACGGCACUGGACGGAGGAACCCCACCUAGGUCAGGAACAUCACUAAUUACUAUUACUGUUUUGGAUAGUAACGACAAUCCUCCUGUUUUUAGUAAAUCUUUAUACAAAAUUAAAAUCCCAGAAAAUGCUCAAAAAGGCUUGAUUGUUAUCACGCUAAAUGCAACUGAUGCUGACGAUGGCCGGAACAGUGAGAUACAAUACUCUUUGAGAAAAAAAGGACAGGAUCAUAUUUUGGAUUUAUUUGAAAUUGACUCUGAAACGGGUACAAUUUUAGUCAAAGGAAAUAUCGACUAUGAAAAAAAUUCCGCAUUUGAGAUUCACGCACAGGCUUCUGACAAAGGACAUCAGCCAAUGUCCACUCAUUGUAAAGUGCUUGUCGAGGUUGACGACCAAAAUGACAAUGCUCCUGAGAUUAGUGUGACACCAUUAUUAAACACAGUUAAGGAGGACGUUGAAGUCGGUACUGCUAUUGCACUUGUUUCCGUUCAGGACAAGGAUGGAGGAAGUAAUGGAGUUGUUAAAGUUUCCAUUGCAAAUGAGACUCCAUUUAAAUUGGACACAAAUUAUAAAAACUAUUAUUCAUUAUCAGUAAAUGGUCCACUUGAUAGGGAGAAUGACAGUAAUUAUAAUGUCACGAUUGUAGCGAGCGAUGAAGGGACGCCACCUCUGUCCAGCACCAGUGUAAUUCAUAUUCAUAUUUCUGAUGUUAAUGACAACAAACCCCUUUUCUCAGAAUCUAUCAUUAAUGUUUAUAUUAAAGAAAACAGUCUACCAGGAGCAGUAAUAAGUAAAGUGACAGCUGUUGACAAUGACAUUGAGCAAAACGGGCUAGUGACGUACUCCAUUUUGCAAAGUACUGACACAAUUGCACUAACAACAACGAUAAACAUAAACUCACAUAGUGGAGAUAUAACUGCUCUCCAGUCUUUCGACUAUGAGAUGUUAAAGACAUUUCAGUUCAGAGUUCAGGCCACUGACUCAGGUGUUCCUCCACUCAGCAGCAACGUGACAGUUAAUGUUUUUAUCCUAGAUGAAAAUGACAAUAGUCCAACAAUUUUGGCUCCCUAUUCUGAACAUGGUUCCGUUAAUAGUGAGAGCAUCCCCUAUUCUGCUGAAGCAGGAUACUUUGUGGCAAAGAUCCGGGCAGUAGAUGCAGACUCUGGAUACAACGCACUGCUCUCCUAUCACCUGUCUGAGCCCAAAGGUAACAACAACCUCUUCAGGAUCGGAACCAGCACCGGGGAGAUUCGGACCAAGAGGAGAAUGAGUGACAAUGACCUUAAAAGUCACCCUUUGGUGGUGUUGGUGUGUGAUAACGGAGAAGCCUCCCUGUCAGCUACUGUGUCGAUUGAUGUGAUGGUGCUUGAAAACACAGCUGACAUCCACACUCAGUUCAGACAUGUACCUAUAAAUGAGGAGAGCUUCUCCGAUUUACACUUAUAUCUGCUCAUCGCCAUUGUGGCCGUGUCAUUCAUCUUCCUGCUCAGUCUCAUCAUGUUAAUAGCCUUCAAAUGCCACAGACAGACAGACGGAACUUUCGACAGGUACAGCGCUCCAAUGAUAACCACACACCCCGAUGGGAGCUGGUCAUACUCCAAAACUACUCAGCAGUACGACGUGUGUUUCAGUUCAGACACACUCAAGAGUGACAUGGUGGUUUUUCCCACACCAUUCCCACCUGUAGAAGCGGAAUUAAUCAGUAUAAAUGGAGGAGAUACAUUUACCAGGACUCAGACCUUACCUACAACUGAGAAGAUGAUGUUUGCGUCUGGCAGAUGGAGCUCUGUGAGGAUGUAUUUGUUCUUUGUGCUGUUGGAGUGUUACUGGGAAGCCGUGCGUGGCCAGCUCUCUUACUCCGUGGCGGAGGAGGUGGAUGUGGGGACCGUUGUAGGAAAUAUUGCAAAGGAUUUAAACGUAAACGUGCAAGAUCUGGAGACACGCAUGUUUCAGAUCGUUGAGGGAGCAAAAAGGAAAUAUUUUGAGGUAAACAUGAAGACUGGUGCUCUUUAUGUCAAUGAAAGAAUAGAUAGGGAGGAACUGUGCAGAAAGACAGCAAAGUGUUCUCUCAGUGUAGAGGCCUUAAUGAAUAAUCCGCUAAAAUUGUAUCGUAUUGAAAUUACAAUAUUAGAUGUUAAUGACAAUUACCCAUUAUUUUCUAGUCAAGCACAGGUGCUGAAUAUUAGUGAGACUACUACACCAGUAGGAUCAAAAUUCCCUCUGCACCCAGCUCAUGAUGCAGAUGUUGGUAAAAAUGCUGUAAAGUCAUACAAGAUCAGCCAAAAUGAACACUUUUCUCUUGAGUCACAUAAAGGUGAAAGUGUUACGCCAGAAUUAGUACUUCACAAGCUUCUAGACCGAGAAAAACAGCCUGUGAUCAUGCUCACAUUGAUAGCUAUUGAUGGAGGAACACCCACUAAAUCAGGCACUAUGUCAGUUGUUGUGAAUGUCUUAGAUAUUAACGACAACGCGCCGGUAUUCAGUCAAAAUCUAUACAAAGCUAGCGUAUAUGAGAACAUUUCCAUCGGCACAUCAAUAAUAACAUUAAACGCGACUGAUAUCGAUGCAGGACAAAAUGGACUUGUGUUUUAUUCUUUUAAUGCAGGAGGAAGAGAAGAAGAAACAAAAGUGUUCUCUAUUGAUGAAAAAACUGGAACAGUGACAAACCAGAAAAAUAUUGAUUUUGAGGAUUUAAGUGCAUUUGAGCUUCGAGUACAAGCCCGUGAUGGAGGUUCAUCACCUUUAACUUCUCACACUAAAUUAUUAAUUGAAGUUUUAGAUGUCAAUGACAAUGAGCCGGAAAUUUCAGUUACAUCUUUAUUGAAAACAGUGAGAGAAGAUGUGACAUUUGGCACUACCAUUGCAAUUGUCUCUGUACUGGACAAGGAUGGAGGGAAAAAUGGCUUGGUAAACUGUAAAAUUAAUAAUGAUGUGCCUUUCAAACUUGAGUCAAAUUAUAAGAACUCCUAUUCUUUGGUUGUUUGUGGUCCUCUUGACAGAGAGAGUGUAUCUGUGUACAAUAUCAGCAUAACUGCAAGUGACGAAGGCAUUCCACCUCUGUCCAGCACCAGUUUUAUUAAUGUGCAAAUCUCUGAUGUUAAUGACAACAAGCCUCACUUCUCAGAGCCCCUCAUUAAUAGUUAUAUUAAAGAAAAUAGUCCACCAGGAGCAGUAAUUCAUAAAGUGACUGCUGUUGAUGAUGAUGUCGAUCAAAAUGGGCGUGUCACUUACUCAUUUGUUCAAAGUAGCACUGAUUCAGUGCCAAUAACUACUAUGGUUACCAUUAAUUCGGAGAGUGGAGAAAUAUUGAGUUUGCAGUCUUUUGACUAUGAAAAGUUGAAGACAUUUCAGUUUAAAAUUCAGGCUACAGACUCUGGUGUGCCUCCACUCAGCAGCAAUGUGACAGUAAAUGUUUUCAUCCUGGAUGAGAAUGACAAUUGUCCCACCAUUUUGGCUCCCUAUUCAGAGCACGGUUCUGUUAACAGUGAAAGCAUCCCCUAUUCUGCUGAAGCGGGAUACUUUGUGGCAAAGAUCAGGGCAGUGGAUGCAGACUCUGGAUAUAAUGCAUUGCUCUCCUAUCACCUGCCUGAGCCUAAAGGCAACAACAACCUGUUCCGGAUAGGAACCAGCACCGGGGAGAUCCGGACCAAGAGGAGAAUGAGUGACAAUGACCUGAAAAGUCACCCGUUGUUGGUUGUGGUAUCUGAUAAUGGAGAAGCCUCCCUGUCAGCUACUGUGUCUAUUGAUGUGGUGGUGCUUGAAAGCACAGCUGACAUCCACAAUCAGUUCGGACAUGUGCCCAUAAAAGAGGAGAGCUUCUCCGAUUUACACUUGUAUCUGCUCAUUGCCAUUGUGGCCGUAACACUCAUCUUCCUGCUCAGCCUCGUUGCUUUAAUAGCCUUCAAAUGCCACAGACAGGCAGAUGGAACUUUCGACAGAUACGGAGCCCCAAUGAUCACCACCCACCCUGACGGGAGCUGGUCAUACUCCAAAGCUACUCAGCAGUAUGAUGUGUGUUUCAGCUCAGACACACUCAAGAGUGACAUGGUGGUUUUCCCCACACCAUUCCCACCUUUAGAAGGAGAACUGAUCAGUAUAAAUGGAGGAGACACCUUUGCCAGGACUCAGACUUUACCCACGACUGAAAAGGUAGGCUUGUUUGGUAACUUUGUCGAUGCAGUUUGA